AAUAAAUGCAAUAUAAAUCAAUUUUUAUAUGAUAAAAUCAGAACAGCUGCAUUCUAUUCGCAUAAUAAUUCACAUGGAAUUCUUUGCAAGGAAGAUAUUAAUUUAUAUAAAUACAUAAAUCUUUUUUGGCAGUCGAUGAACAAUAAUAUCUUCCAUUAUCGUUUAGAAAACCUGGUAAAAGAUUUUGUACAAGAAUAGAGUUUCCUAAUAUAAUGUAUUUGUCUUUUGUUUUCUUAACUCGUGAUAACUAGGAUGCAUUCCUUCUGCUAAUCUUCUGAUAGAUUAUUACGGUCUAUGGUUUCUUCCUAAUGUAAGUAUAAUAAAAACAGUGCAUUUAAAAAUCUUUCAUUGUUGCAGUAUUGUUGGAUUCUUUUUAUCAUUCUUUAUAGUAAUGAGCAGACACUUCCAGUUUACCUUCCCUGUUGUAUGAAUCAGUUAUUAACUCCUUUCCUACGAACUUUUCAGUAAUAAUCUGCUUUACGAGGGUAUUGUAUUUUGUUGUAUGUUCAAAAUGACAUCUAUGAACAGUCAACGUCUAUGUUCAGGAUAUCUUGGAACCUUUUUGCGGGUUUUGUUAAAUCUAUUAACAGUCUACGUCAAUGUUGAGGAGAGAUCUUGGAACUGAGGUAAUGCAAGAAUUUUUUUGAUGUGUGUAUUACAGUUGCACAUAUGCGCAAUGUUCGGAAAGUCAUAUAAACUGCAUUGAAUAAAGGAAUUUUAACAGAGGAUAACCCGUUAGUCCGAAGGUGAAUCUCGAUGAGGAAGGUGUAUAUUAAAUAUAAUCAAGUAACUAUGUGGAAUGGUACGUCAAGGAAAGUAUCUAAAAGUUUAGAAUCGACAGAAACUGAUAUACGUGAAGAUGAAGAGCAGACAAAGAAAUUACAAGAAAUUAUCGAUCUCCUUGUGGCGGCUGGAUAUUUCAGAGCUAGAAUAAAAGGCCUGUCAAAUUUUGACAAGGUAAUAGGUGGUAUAACUUGGUGUAUAGAAUCUUGCAAUUUUGAUGUAGACGUGGACUUAUUGUUUAGAGAAAAUCUUACAAUCGGUCAAAAAAUAUCUUUGACUGAAAAAAUUGUUGCUAUGCUGCCAAAAAUGAAAUGUCCGUACCAUAUAGAACCUCAUCAAAUACAAGGAUUAGAUUGUAUUCAUAUAUUUCCAGUUAUUCAGUGGUUGAUAAAGCGUUCUAUGGAGAUGAGAAAAGAAAUGGCAGGAUUUGUGCGUUCCCUAGCACUUAAUCAAUUUAAUAAAAAGCAUUUCUUUUUGGAAGAUGAAAAUGGUAUUGCAGUUGCAGCUAAGAAAAAUAUGAUGCAAAAUAUUUUAUCAGUUAAAAGGUUAUAUGAACCUCGACGAUUAUUCAAAUAUAAAGAUAGUUUGGCAAAAGACGAGUCUACUCGAUUUCUUAGUACUCUUUUGGAGUAUGAAGCUAAUUUGCACGAUAAUAUCCAAAAUACAAAUGCUGAAGUUAUUUCUUUAAAGUCGACGACAACUUUGCAAGAAAAUAAAAAAGAUAACCAUAUUACUGUAUCAAACGAUGAAAAAAUGGUUGUAAAAGAAAUUGCAGGAUCAAUGGCAGUUAUCGAAGAGAGUUCAGAUCGUCUGAGUGUCAAUGUGGUUGGAAAUAUUUUUGGGAUGCAAGCGCAAGAAAUUGCUAAAGUCGCUGAGAAAUAUGCAACGAAAUCAAUUUCUGAACUCGAGGAAAAUGGUACAUCCAAUAUGUCCAGUGUCCUGGUAACUUUACAAAAACAAAAGGCUAAUCUACAGACACGAAUUUACAAAUUGGCAAAAGAAAGAGAUGUUUUGUCGAGUAAAAUUUCCGAGAUAAUCGAUAAAACAGAUCAAUUCUAUAAACAGAGAGAACUUCUUGAACGUUCGUUUAAAAAAGCACAAGAAAUAGGAAUUAAUGAAAACGAUAGCAUUUAUAAACGCUUAGAAGAACUUUUAUUGGUGCACGAUGGUUUAAGAGAACAAGAAUUAAAGUUUCGAGAACAAUGCAAAUCUGAUCUUGUUCUUCUUCUAAGUAUGCUAGAAGAAAUGAAUAAUGUUUUACCGACAGAAGAAGAAGAUAGGCUUAAAGAAUAUGAAGAACAAAAAGAAAUAGUAACAAGAGCAAGAUUGCAAUUAGCCAAAAAAAAUAGAGCUAUCGCUUCUUUAACUAGACAAUUGGAUGAUGUACCAGGACGAUCUGAGUUAACCCAAUAUCAAAGAAGGUUCAUGGAACUUUACAAUCAGGUGUCUGCUAAACACAAGGAGACCAAACAAUAUUACACGUUGUACAAUACAUUAGACGAUACAAAGCUUUAUUUGAGCAAAGAAUUAUCUUUGUUAAACUCUAUACAAGAUAAUUAUAGCGAAGCAAUGGCAUCUACAAGUGGCAAGAAGCAAUUUUUAAAACAAUUUGAAGCUAUCGUUGCAGGAGUUAAACGUAACAAAUCAAUGGUCGAGAAACGGUGCGCUGAUGAAAAAAAUAGACGUGAUGAUCUUAGUCAACAAUUAGUUAUGCUUAUAGAACAGCAGCGUAAAUACGUUGUUGCUGUUAGACAGCUUACCAUUGAAUGUCGUAAAAAUGAAGCAUUACUUGCUCAGCUACGUGGUUCAUAAAUAUCAAAAUCAAUUUGAGGUACAAGCUUAAUGAGAAUUUAAUUUAUUGUUUAAACAAAAAAAUAACAUCUUAAUUAUAAGCUUUUACAACAUUUCAUUACGUAAUAUAUCAUCAAUUAUUUGUAUUUGAAUGCAUUUUUAAUGAAAUAAUAAAAUUUUAUGAUAGCAAUAUCUAUAAAGAAAAGAGAGAGAGAAAGAAAGAAAUGAUAUUGCAAUUCUAGUACAAUAAUAAUAUAUGAUAAUAUGCGAAUGAAAAUAGUUGAGAGUUCAAGUCACGUGACAACUUUAGUUUAAAGCAAAAUGCUAUUGCAAGUAUGUAAAUAUAUGCAUACGAUCUUGAACCAAUAAUAGAGUAUAUUAGAAAUUAAAGUAUCCUACGCUAUGUUUUUAUAUUUUAUUUUAAAACAAUAUUCUAUCAAAAUA